UGCGCAGCGGAGGGGAGCCGUUCCCGCAGAGUGUGGUUCUUGCUCACGCAAGGGAAACUUUGGGAAGGAAACGGGGCAAGCGAACUGUGCCAGCAGGCCGCUUAAGUUUUCUUUCAAGAAGAUACCUCUUUCUGCCAAGCCUCUUGAAGCUUGGCAGUCCUCCCACCAGGCCUGUUGGGGGUCCCUGUAGGGGCUCAUGCUCGGAGGUAUGAUGUGAGGUGAUAUCAGGAGAAUGGCACUCAUAAACAGAAAGUGCAUCUGCGACCUUUGCUCCUGUGGCAAGCAUCAUUGCCCACAUCCCGCUACCAAGAUUUAUGAGAAGACAGAGAAACCAUGUUUUUUCUCCGAAUACACCGAGAAGUAUCCCAACUAUCAAUCUUACAUGCCCCGAGAGUCCUUCAAACCCAAGAUGGAGUACCAGAAAGCAACUAUACCAAUGGAAGGCCUGUCUACAACAAAGAGAGACUUUGGGGGUCACAACAUGGUACCGGUGAAACACUACCAUCCUGAAAAGUUCACUCCAAGCCAAGAUGAAAUGGAUUUCCUCACAACGUAUAACCAACACUACAACUACCAGCCUGCCAGUCGAGUGAGCCCCAUUAAACCUCGAGACAACAGACAACCAUGUACUGACAAAAUGGAGACUAUGCCUACGUACAAAGCCCAUUAUUUACCUUGGAACCAGCAAAGAAGACCUUCGUUUCGUCCACAGCAAACAUACCGUCCUUCGUCCUGUAGGUUCGAUCAUAGAACCACACACCAGGACGAUUAUCCCAUAAAAAAUCUGGUGGAUACGGUGAAUUACAAACCUCCAAAUGUGCCAAAGCUCUGUAAUGCUCCCCUGGAGAAUAUGACAACUUACAGAUCGACCUAUGUGGCCCAUCCUGUGGAGAAACGGUAUGUGUUCGAGUCAGAGAAGUAUAAACCAUGUGAAAUCCCUUUUGACGGCCUUACCACCCACAAAGAUUCUUACAAGGGUUUGAGGGGGGAUCCUGCGAAGAGCUGGAAACCUGUAUCCAAGCACUCUGGGCUAGACAUACCUUUUGCAACCAACACCGAAUUUCGGGAUAGAUUCCAAGCUUGGCCAACACCGCAAAUAGUCCCCAAAGAGCCUGUCCCUUAUAUCCCUCCUGAAGGGGAGAUGGAUCUUCUGACAACUUCACAAGCUGACUUCAAGUGCCCUAAUGGUGUUGCUGCCCAGUCCUGCCGGCCAGUCUACCACAUAAAGAAGAGCGACCGCUUUGAAGGCUCCACCACCACCAAAGAGGAUUACAAACACUGGGCCAACGUCCGCAGAGAGCCAAUCAAACCUCCUCCCCAGCUGCAAUUCCCUGAUGAGCCUAUGGAUUACAUGACCACCAAUCGUGCCCACUAUGUGGCCCAUACACCUGUCAAUACCAAAAGCUGCAAGCCUCCCUGGUCCGGCCCUCGUGUAAACAUCCCUGUAGAAGGCCAGACCACCUAUUCUACCAGUUUUACUCUUAAGGAAAUUCAAAGGUGCCCAGCUUCAUAUUCUGAACCCCCUGGCUACAUCUUUGAGGAGGUGGAUGCUGUCGGGCACAGGAUGUACAGGCCAGCUUCUCAACAGAGCAACCAUCUUGGCUUUGGUGACGCUGAAUGUCCUAACCAGAGAGAGAUGGCAGUCCGAGCCUGCCAUUGAGAAAUGGUUGUUUAGCAAUUGAAUUUGCACAGUGUAUUAAAAGCAAACAAUUGAGGAUUAUUAAUUGGACACAAAAGAAUUCCCCAAAAUGAAACAACAGUGUAGACAAAACAACAAACUUUAUUAUCAAUUUCAGGAUAUUUGAAAGAAAUAAGAAUCACCUAAAAAAACAACAUGGAAUUAUCAGCUGAUUGACUCCUCUUAACCCUUCCUAUAUUGUACCUCCCUAGCCCCACCAAUGCCCCUUGCUUUAUGCUCAUGAAAUCAAAGCUGGUCUCAAGAAAAUAUUUCUCUCAUCUAGGUGUUUUUUAUUAAUCUGAUCACUUGAAAAGCUUGAAGUGUCAAUAAUAAAAUUUAU